UCUUGAAGCAGGCCAGACAGUGCGGAAUGAGAGAACUCUUUAGUAGUGUGCACUGUCUCAGAGUGAAGUAUUGGAAACAUGCACGCAGCGUACUGGAUAAGCCUGGUGAUGUGCCUGGCCCCAGGUUUCUGUUCUGCACAAAAACCGAAGCCUUGUCGUGUUCCAGAUAUGUAUACUGGAGCUAUGAUUCUGUCAUCCAAGGGCGAAUUCCAUGGUGUUGAUGCGUAUUCAUAUGAUGCCAUUAACAAACGCAUACGCUUACAAGGAAUACGUUUUUUGAACAACGAAACCGUCUCUUAUGAUGGCCUGUUACUAUACAAAAAGAGAAUUAUGUACAAAAUCAACCCAGAUGACCAAACCUGCGUGAAGACAAAGCUUAAGUCCAAAUUUCACCCCAUGGAGGUCCCCAAGGGGGCCGUCUUCCUGGCCCCGGUGGUUCUGGGAACCUCCUCCAGCCCUGGUCAGGGUCUGGUUGUCAACACCUUUUUAGGAUUAAUGCCUAACGGCUCCUAUUUGAUGACGGUCACUAAUGAUCUUUGCCUACCUGUCUCUAUGGUUGUGCAUGAUGACAAACGUCAGAUGAGUCUGAGCUUCUUCGACAACAUGCUUGGGGCAGAUCCUAUAGAUUUCAUCCCUCCACCAUUUUGCAAGGACGCCAAGCUGGAUGCUAUGGAUGGGAUAGCUGAUUUCUUCUCCAUCUUUAACUGAGAUUGGUGGUGGUGGUGGUAUAUCACAGUGAAGAAAGAAAUAUGUUUUGUAAUGACAAAUGAUCAGAUCACCAAGAAACAGAACCUGAACCUUGAAUAUAUCACAAUGAAGAAAGAAAUAUGUUUUGUAAUGACAAAUGCAACCACAAGGUGCUGCACAU